AGUUGAGCAGGGAGAGAGAGAGAGAGAGAGAGAGAGAGAGAAAGUGGAAGUAGAUGAACCAUGGCUUCUGCAUCUGUAUGUGGAUCUGUAUCUCCACUGCCUUUCCCCUCCAUUUUCAACACAAAACCUCCCAAUUCGCUUCACAUCCACAAUUCAUCUCUGCCAUUCAUCCCACUUCUUGCCUUACCAACCACUACCCCUCGAAAGAAAACCAUCAAUUUUCACCACCCGCCUCAUGCAAUUCCUCAGAAAAGCACCCAACUUUGGAGAAUAUCCGCUGUAUCUGAAGAUGCUUUGCCUUCAGAGGUGACCCCACUUGAGAAUUCCCAGCAGAUAGUGUCCACUAGUGAUGAGGGUGUCUCCACCAUUAUAUCGGCUCUUCUCUUCGUUGCUUUUGUUGCUCUCACUAUUCUCACUAUAGGGGUUAUAUACAUAGCUGUGACAGAUUUCUUGCAGAAGAGGGAGAAGGAGAAGUUUGAGAAAGAAGAGUCAGCCAAGAAGAAGAAUGGGAAGAAGAGGAAGGUGAGAGCUAGAGCUGGGCCAAGGGGUUUUGGGCAGAAGAUUGAUGAAGAGAAUGGCGAUGAUUAGAAUUCAAAAGAGAGAUUCUAUGUAAGCUUCUUGAUGUCUCUGUACCACUAGUUUUGCCAUCCUUAAGAAAUGGUAGAGAAUUGUGCAAUGUAUUCUGUGAAGUUCAUACGACAAAAGAAAAAACAAAUUCUUGGGUGAUUUUUGGAGAUUAAUUAGAAUUUUAUGAAAUUGUUAUGAACUGUUCAGGCCUUCCA